AACAAUGGAAAAGAUAUGGCCAAGAGGUUUAUCGAAUUUGGAAUGCUCAGCUUUCUUCACUUAGCAGACGUGAUGAAAUAAUAUCUGAUACGGAAUUAGAAAGGCAUGAUGACUCUCGUAUUACGGAGUCUGGGCAGUACUUGCAAGAGCAAUUUAUGAACAAUGAUGACAAUCAGAUGGAUAUUGACGCUGAGAUCCAGGAAAUGAUUGAUUCAGCCAUGCCUAGCAACGAAAGGUCGCCGCACGUGCAGCUUUACGUUGUUGACGUCUUUCUUGAUUUCGUCGGAGCUUGGCCAGUUGAUCUUCAAUUCUAA